AGAAAGCAUGAAAAUGUUCGGGCUGCUUGGAUAUGUGAUUGGUCGUAUUUCUCUCAGGCACUGCCUGGAGACAAGGUAGAUGAUUUGCACCGCCCGUUUAUCACGGCCUCAAGAUGUGGCUUAGCCUUGUAGGCUCUCGAGAUUAUAUUGUUACGAUGGACGGUGUGGUAGUGCUCAAUGUUUGGAUCACCAAAUUUCGACAUAUAUCUUGUCCAAAUGGCCGAGUCCGAAAUUUCGUCCAGCAACGUUGCCUGUGUGACGGGGUUAUGUUGGAGACUGUACAAAGACAGCAAGAAUGCAGGUCUCGAGCUCGCAGAAAUAAGCAAAGAGACAAAUCUUCUUCAUGUCGCGUUGCAUGAACUUCAAGAUGAAAUCGACGAUCCUACUUCUCCCAUCUCCCACUUGAGUCGCGAAGUGCGUGCAAAGCUUGGACAUAUCGUAAGGACAUCCAAGCAAGACCUUGAAGAGUUAGAGCAGAAGAUGCAAGCGGAUGGGUCUCAACUUAAGCAAGGAACUGUAUUCACCGAUGCGUUCCGACAUGCGGUGCAGAAUAGACUCAGUAGUCACUCGACUGAGCUAAACCUCCUACUGGACGUACUCCACAACAGGUCGUCAUAUCCGAACGAUGCAUUACAGAAUGUUCAGAAUCCGGCUCUUGGUCAGAUAAGAGCAAAACUAGGUGUAAUUCAUCAUGAUAUAAUUACCGGCAAAAGAGAUGCUUCGCUACUGAUGAACCGGGAGGGUAUCAUUCAUUUAGAGCAAGAGUUGGUUGGUGAUAAUAUUUCUUUGGCGGAUGUUGCGUCUAAUCGUGACGCUAUCGCCACAUGGUUGCGUGAUGUUCAUCCUGAAACCACUGGAGAAAGGGCUCCAUCGAUUCACAGUGCAUCCUUGGUCAGCCCAUCCAGUGUUUCCGUGUUAACUCAAAGGGAACCUGGUAUGCCUGUGAGUACGGACAUUAGUAGUUUGCGUGACACCACGAUUUCUGUGGGUACGAACAGAGGGCGUAGCGGGAUGGCAUCGGAGUCUUUACUCGAAUAUUCACAGGCAGCUUCAUCGGUACACACCCUUCGUCCACCCCAAGACACGCCCUCAGAAGCUACCAUUGGAAAUCGCAAGCAGCAAUCCACACAGCCAUCACUUUCAGUAUCGGACCAAGCAUCGCAGGAAAUCAAGACGUCGCAGGUCACCGCAUACCCGUCGACUGCACCCACGGGCUACUACGCGUACCAAUUGCAAGAGCUCCAGGAACUCAACCUUCAUGUGCGAUACUCAAAUCUGUCUAAGCAAUAUCUUGUUCCGAAAUCAGUGCUACCAUAUUCCCAGAACUCGGCCAUGACCGUGUUGAUCUACCCGAUCUCAGAAGAAGAUCGACAGCAAGGCGGAUCACAUCGGAUCACAUACAAGAGGAAAGUAACAGAAACAUUCUUCAAUCCUGUAAUAGACCUGCAAUAUCGAACCUGGCAGAAGGCAUCAGUCGAUGCGGAAAUCAGUCCGGGCACUCCUAUAGGAACAGUCUUGUCGUUUACGCAACAGGGGAAUUGGAGCCAUUGGGGGAAGAAGUACCGUGAACUUUGUGUCGUUAUCUCUUCUUUACCUUCGACUACAAGAUGAAUACCUAAGAGGGACCGUUACGGGAUCUUGGAAGACAGCGUGAGACAUGAGUCUACAUAUUAUGAGGCCACGAAAUAUACCAUCUUCUCGCAAGCUGCCUAUGCAGCAACAGUUCAUUUGGCCCUGUAUGAUACGUCCGAGAAAGCAACACUGUGAGGAGACCAAUCCACCAUGGAUAGUGAAUCUCAUCUACCUACCAAACGAAGCCUCGUACUUUGACCUCUACUCUGGUUUAAUCAAGCACAGUCAGUUUGUAUGGGUAUCAUAACCCAUCGCCAAAUAGUCACUACUUGCAACUCCUCAUCUGCUGUUUCCCAUAUCCGAUGAGACAUC